UAUUGUUAGAAGAAAUAAUUGGCUAAUCAACUGUGAUAUAUUACAAUCAUUAGAAUAAGUAAUAGAAUUAAGGUUUGAUUAAAUUAGUUGUUUGCUAAGUUAGUAAACAUAAUCAAGAUAAAUUAAUGAAUCAUAACUAGUGAAGACUUCAAUAUCAGUAGAUAGUUGUUAACUUAUGUUUCCCAAUUCUACAUCUUAGGUGAAAACCUCUAGUAUAUAAUAAGUCGCUAAGAUUUUAUUAAGCAGAGCUGACUAUAUCAUUUAAUUUCCCAAACUUACUAUUAUAUUCAAUUAACAAUUUAAUCUUUCAUUAAUUUUUGUUUAUUUGGAAACCCCUAUAUUAGAUAAACACAAAUACUUCAAUUUAGCAAUGAAUUUAAUCAAAGAGCAACUUGAAAAGUAAUGAUUUCAUCAAUUGUUACAUUGAAUAGUAAAACAAAAGAACAAGAAAUUUAUUUACAAUUUGCCUGUUAGCCCUUUUAGGAAUAUAUUGGUAUUCACUGUAUCUUAUAAUAGUUGA